GCUUUUUCGCCUCUGUUCUUAGCCCAUCACCAUGCUCGCGACAACGCUCCGCCGCCACUUUAGCUCGAGCACGCGCCCCUUCCGCGUCCUUGGCAUCCAGCAGGUAGCCGUCGGCGGCCUCGACAAGGGCGCGCUCAAGCACCUCUGGGUCGACACGCUGGGCCUCACGUACAAGUCGAGCUUCAAGAGUGAGCGCGAGAACGUCGACGAAGACAUCCUUGAAGCCGGGAAAGGUCCGUUCGCGGUCGAAGUCGACAUCAUGCAGCCCAUUGAUGCCACGAAGGCGCCCAAGGUGCAUGUGCCCCAGCUCAACCACGUGGGACUCUGGAUCGACGACUUGCCCAAGUGCGUGGACCACUUGACGAAGCAAGGCAUGCGUUUCACGCCUGGUGGCAUCCGCAAGGGCGCCGCGGGCUUUGACGUCGUCUUCCUGCACCCCAAGGGCAACGACGCGUUCCCGCUCUCGGGUGAAGGCGUCCUUAUCGAGCUCGUGCAAGCGCCGGCGCAUGUCAUCCAAGCCUUUGACGCGAUCAAGGAGUAGAAGCGAUUCCUUCGUAAUGUACAUGCUUUCUGUG